AGCUUUUGACGGAGAACGUAAACAAGCGAAGCUAGCAGAGAGCCAUUCGAUUAGCUCAUGUUCUUUGGUUUUCGAAGAAAUAGCGAAAGUAAACGGUUUGUUCUUUGCCUCUCAUCAUGUUUUCUUCAACAAGCUUGAAACAAAGCGCGAGAACUUCGGUAUUUUGUGUCGUCUUUUUGCUAUUUGUUAGUCUUGUAACGCAGGGAGAAUGCCAAACUACAAGUCCACCGCCUCCACUUUCGUGUUCUGCCUUCAAGAACUGUGACAGCUGCGUCCCUCAUGCUAAGUGUCUGUGGUGCUUUGCCACUAACAACUGCACAGAGUACCCAGUGACCUGGCUGCUGCCUCCAGCUUCUCUCUGCCCGCUGUCCCAGGCCCGCUGGGGGGUGUGUUGGUUGAACUUUGAAGCCCUGAUUAUUGCACUCGCAGUGUUGAGUGGGACCAUCCUGGUCAGCAUCGUGAUCUGCUGCUGCUGCUGUUGCUGCAGGAAUCACUCAUCCAGGCCUGACAGAGAUGAGGAGAGGUUUGCCAGGAGAAGAGAGGAGAUCAAACAGCGUUCUGAACAGCGGAAGGUGGAGAGAAAAGCACGGCACAAUGAAAUCCGCAGGAAGUAUGGUCUGAUGGGAGACUCGGACCACCCGUACAGCAAGUUUGAGAACGAGUAAUGAAGCUGGAGGGUCCAGAACUGCUGCCAUGUUUUAGCUGCCUUCUCCUCACUCGGACCAUAAACAGUGAUUCUGUGUGCAGUCAUUCAGACCAGCCUGAAACCUUCACCUCCAUCAGCUUGUCAUUUACACACCUCACUUUCUUGAGCCCAUCGUUGGUCUGUUAGAGCUCAGGGUUUUGUGAUG